AUGGGAACUGUUGUUGAGGCUAAAGAUGGAAGAGAAAGCCGACGCUCGUCGAGACUAUCCCAAAAAGUAAUGAUUUUUGUGGUGGUGCUUGGGAUUUGCGUUGGAUUUUCCGUCUGUUUGGAGUUGUUGAGGGAAAGAGUAAGUGAACUAGAGGCUGAUGUCACUCGAUUGAGUGAAGUCGACAAGGACGGUCAUGAUCAAGGUAAAAACUUCGUUCGGUCUCAAAAAAAUUGAAAUCUCUUACCCAGUGGUAUUAGGCAUUCUCAAACUCUUGCAUGUUUUACAAGACGUCUUCGAGGUUUUUACUAAAUCAAUAGAUAAACUGACUAUUAAGAUUCUUGGUUUGGCUAUGGGAAUUUUCACAAUGAAUGCGUAUUGCUUGUAAUUACGUAAUCUGUUUUUUUUGUUUUUUUGUUUUCUUUCUGUAAGGGCCUCCCUGUAUAAGCCCCGCGGUUUCUGGAAGCUCCCUUGCCAUCUAUUAAAAUACUGUUACUUAACAAGUCCUGUGAACGUACUUAUUUGGUGAUGCAAACCACUUUCUCUUUAUAAAAUAGAUUUUAAUUCUAAUCCCUUAUAUGACCUGAAUAGGAAAAGCUGCAAACGGGGCAAUUAGUUUUGACACUAUUAUGGAUCUUGAACAGUUGAACAAAGCGUAUAGCUUCAAAAGCAUUUUUCUCUUGGCCUCUUCCUAAACAUUCUGUCGGGGAAAGCUCGAUUUAGUGAUCGCCUGGUUAAAACUAACGAUUACGUAUACAGCCCCCUUCACUUAGUCACCACUCAAUAGUGCUAGGUCUAGGAAAUAGAAUGAAUGCCCUCACGCCUCCUUUUUUUUGCCUGCCAUUCACCAGUAAAAAAGUUUGUUUUUGACCAGAUGUUUGCGUGAAUCGUUCAGGUAUUUGUUUUUUUUAUUCUCGGAGGAGGAAAAAGUUCACUGUUUUGACGUUACCGGUAGAAAUCUAAGAAGAAGCGACCCGCUGUGCAGAGCAGAAUUCUUAUCUGUGGCGAUUAUUUUCAAAUGUCUUAAAAGUACCCAGAAAUUUAUCAGAAGUACCUAUCAGGACAAGCUGUUAAUCGAUGCCAUUCAGCGAAGUAUCUGGUGGGGGGUAUAGAAGGGGGGGUUGGGUCCUACACACGUUUCACGGACAUCAAAAAGUAGAACUGACGCAUCACGUAAAAUCGGAUAAACGACUAUAAGGCUUAAAGCGAAAAACAAAAAUUCACAGUUCACGGGGUUUUAAUUCCGUAUUUUCACUAGUCAGAAGAAUUUACAAACAGUUAUCCCGUUAAAAACAUGAACCUCCACUCCCCCCCCCCCUUCAAAUGUUACCAAGGGUAAAAAUUCAGAGCCUGAGGGUAAAAUUGGACAGUUACUCCUGUCUAAUCCGUUUCAUUUCUUACACACAUCUUAACAGCUGGUGCCUCCGGUCAAAGAAAUCGUCGAGAUUCACCCAUCCCUAACUUUGUUUCCUUGGACGAUGUUCGUAGAGAAAUUAAAGUGCGACUCAAAUCGCUAACAGCAUCGCAGCUGUGCUCACCUCAAGAGAAAAUAUGUGUACCAGGCCCCAGCGGUCCAAAAGGUGACAUGGGAUUCAGGGGACGACGUGGGAAAAAAGGUAAGUUUGGUAACGUUGUAAUUAAUUCAUACUUCCAUGUUUAAGACAUGACAGACUUUUAAACCUUUGCCUCCUUCUGCAUGAGGACAGUUUAACUUCGAGUUCUUUUCAUUAUUUCAUGCAUGAAUUCUUUCAUUGUAAAUUGAGUUCAUGCAGACUAAAAGGAUUUUUAAUCUUACACAGGAAACGCUGGGAACAAGGGGUACCAGGGUGACAUAGGAAUGAAAGGAAUGAAAGGUACUCAGGGUUUACCAGGACCAUAUGGGUUGCAUGGCGAGAAAGGUCGCCCAGGUGAACCAGGCCUGAGAGGAGAGAAAGGAACCAAGGGCGAACGUGGUACAUGCAGAGGUAUGGCCUCGUGUAAUGGUUACCCUCCAAUGCCUGGACCAAAAGGCGAACCUGGUCCUGAGGGACCCCGUGGAUAUAAAGGUGAACGAGGACUCGAUGGGUUUGACGGUCCGAAAGGUAAUGCUGGGCUGCCAGGACCCAAAGGUGACCAGGGUGACAAUGGUGCAUGUACAAGAGGGGCUGCAUGCAAAGGGUUCAAAGGUGAACCUGGAAAUCCAGGACCUAAAGGCCAACCGGGAAUUGCAGGACCACAGGGCAUCAGAGGUAAUGAUGGAUACCCUGGGCUGAAAGGAGAAAAUGGUGAAACUGGACAAAAAGGAGACAACGGAGUGUGCACCAGAGGUGCCAGGUGUAUAGGGAUCAAAGGUGACCCUGGAAUGCCAGGACCAAAAGGAGAACCUGGAAUCACAGGACCCCAUGGCUACAAAGGAGAACAAGGCUAUCCAGGAAUUAAGGGCCUUAAAGGUGAUACUGGGUUCACAGGACAGACAGGUGUUCCUGGUCUCCCUGGACCCCCUGGCUUUAAAGGUAAUGCAGGGAUCCCAGGAUUUGAUGGCCAAAAAGGUGAAACAGGGCAACCAGGAAGAAAAGGUGAACAUGGACAAAAAGGAGAAAAUGGAUCAUGCACAGGAGGUACCUCUUGUGUUGGUAUUAAAGGUGAGCCUGGAAUGCCUGGACGAGACGGAGUACCUGGUUAUCGUGGAUUAGAUGGAUUCCGAGGGCCACCUGGAAUGAGAGGCACACCUGGAGAAGAUGGACCUCCAGGACCGAAAGGUGAACCUGGUCAGAAAGGAGAAAGAGGACAACUGGAAGCAGUUUAG